UAAAUACUUUACAUUCACACAACAACCAACAUGAUUUAAUUCUUCUUUUCAAAAUCUAUAAAAAUUCCCCCCCUCAAACGAGUUCCCUAUUAAAACCUUCUUUUUGGACAAACAAAAUAAACCACAAAUAGAAAAUGUUUGCUUCGACAACUAAAUCAAUACAUAGACCUUUAAGGGUCUUUAACAGACCCUUUAACCUACAACUAAGACUGUUAAGAAUCUUCUGCAGUCUGCUGCUUAUGCUCAACUGGCAGGCAACACCCUCACAUACCAAAGAUUUAAUGCAACAUCGUGUUAGACAGCAACAACAACUACAUCACUAUCGCCAACAAGAAGAUUUGUUGCGGCAUUUUAAUUUAAAAUCUGGCGUAAAUAAUGCCACAACAACAUACAAUCAAGAUUUCGAAACGAGUGUGGUAUCAUGGACAGGCGCCAAAUUAACCAACUCACCGGCCACAUUCUUAUCAGCACAAUCAGCUGCAUCAGCACCAACAGAAUUGUUACACCGACGAAGACUGGAGCAUUUGAAACAAGAUGAGCAAGAACAACUCGCUUACUCUGAAUCACAGCAGCAGCAACAAUUGGGCAAUAAGAGACGCAAAACUAAAAGUGGUUUAUUGAUUGAAAGCAAUAUUGAAUUGGAUUAUACGGAUUUACAACAAUCCUCAACGUCCACAAGCCUAGACUAUGAUACAGAAGCUGAAAUGUUAAAGGCAAUGGCUACAACAACAGCUAAUAGCUAUUCCAGUGGCCACAGUUAUACGAAACAAGAACGCAAACGUAAUAGACAGCAUCACCAAUCACAGCGUAAGCGCAACGGUCGUAAUGGAGGUGGUGGUGCUGGACAACAGAGUUUCGGUGGUGGCAACAACGGUCAACGCCAAAAAUUGCAACGCAACGCUUUACGUUUGCUUAAUAGUCACAGUGAUUCCCAAACUUCUUCUUCGGAUAACAGCCAUCAGGGUGGUUUAUUUCCUCAACUUUUUAAUGUUGCCACCCGUGCUGCCAUUACAGUUAAUGCUACUUGUGGUCAAAAUGGUCGUGAGGAAUACUGCAAACUAGUAGAUGCUUAUCCUCAUAAAAAAUGGGCCACCCAAUGUGGUAUUUGUAAUGCUCAUUCUUCAGACGUUGCCAAACAUAGACCUAUAGAAUCGGUAAUCUCUAAUCUUAAUAUGCAGGAUCAAUGGUGGCAAUCACCCACUCUACAAUAUGGCAGAAAUUAUGAAUAUAUUACCAUAACUUUGGAUUUGAAACAGGUGAGUUUUCAUAAGAUAUUUUUAAGGAAAAGUUUAAUCUAAGAUUUAGAUGUUAAA